CCCUUUUCUGAGCUUUGAGUCGUAAUCAGAGCAGGAGAGAAAGGAAUCCAACAAAUGAAAAAUACAAGAAGUUGCAUAAAACAAUGGGUUGACGUUAGGUAUUGACUGUAGAGCAAGAAAAUGGUCGUUAAUACUUAACACCCUAAUACUCAUACCUCAACUUGAUCAGCAUCCUAUUUCUUCAACCUCUCUGUCAAUUAAUCUCUUUCUUUUUCUGCAAUUAUUCUUUCUCCAUUGCUUUAUUCAAGGGUCUGUCUUUCACAAUUACUCAUUAUUAUUAUUCUUAUCUUCCUAAGCAUAUGUUUUUGGGUAGUCAGUAGUCAAUAUCAGUCCAAACCCACCAAAACCCUCCAAGAAUUAUCAAUCUCAACUACCAAUUUCAACUCUUUUUUACUUCGCCUUUUUGUUUUGGGGGUAGAGCAAUAGAGAGAAGCAAGAUUUUCCAUGGAUUCUCAGGUGAUGGUGGCGCUUGCUCUCUCACUUGUUGGUGGAUUCAGUACUUCUCUAGGUGCUCUUUUUGUUAUUCUUAAUCAAGCUCCCAAUUUAAGAAUGCUUGGGCUUUUACAGGGUUUUGCUGCAGGUCUAAUGUUGAGCAUAUCAUUCCUUGAUUUGGCUCAUAAUGCUAUGAACUCAAUAGGGUUCUUAAAAGGCAACCUAUGGUUUUUUGCUGGUGUUAUCUUCUUUGCCGUGGUUGCCAAUUUUAUACCAGAACCAAUACUUUCUCAGAGUUCUGAGGUGAAAAGCAAAAAGAAAAACAGUGAUGAAGGGGGCAAGGACAUAAUGAAAAAGCAUCGUCGCCAGGUUUUAUUUAGUGGAAUUAUUACAGCAAUAGGCAUAAGCUUGCAUAAUUUCCCAGAGGGGAUGGCAGUUUUCCUUGGAUCCAUGAAGGGCCUUCGUGUUGGUCUUAAUUUGGCUUUGGCCAUUGCUUUGCACAACAUCCCAGAGGGUGUUGCUGUUGCUCUUCCUGUUUAUUUUGCUACCCAAAGCAAGUGGCAGGCAUUCAAAUUGGCAACGCUUUCUGGUUUUGCUGAGCCACUUGGUGUCGUAAUUGUUGCUUAUCUGUUCCCAAGCAGCUUAAGUCCUGAAAUUCUUGAGGGCUUGUUAGGAUCAGUUGGUGGGGUGAUGGCCUUCCUAACAUUGCAUGAAAUGCUGCCAUUGGCAUUUGAUUAUGCGGGGCAGAAGCAAGCUGUCAAGGCUGUUUUCUUUGGAAUGGCUUUCAUGUCUGCAAGCCUAUACUUUCUUGAACUAAGCCUACCAGAGGAGAUGAGCUUGUAGCUUCUUUCCCUCAAACAGUCAACAAAGUGUUGUAAAUUCCAAAAUCAUGGUGUCUGCUUUUGCACAUGAUAUUGAUGGCUUUCUCUGAGCGUUAGCAAAAUGCUGAGAUGACUUACUUUGGAUCGAUCUUAAGCAAAAGGAUGAAGACGUCAGCAUAUAAUGUACAAAAUUUCAACUUAUUUCUUUAAUGAAAUGAAAAUUGAAAAGGAAUUGAAGGGCAAAAUAAAUUUAUGGAGCUUGUAUUUUUAUACUGUGCUGGCUAAACCUUGUUUAUUUCUUCAACAAAAUGGAAAAUCAGCAAUGUGAAAUCUUCUUUUUUUUA